GCCAACCACAGUCCUAUGAAGAUCAGAUCAAAUUUGAUGACCAAUUUAUGCAGUAAUCCAGGUAAUUCAAAUCAAAUUGUAUUAGUUACAUGUGCCGAAUACAAUAACCUUACAAUGAAAUGAUUACUUAUGAUCCCCUAAGCAACAAUGCAGUUAAAAAAAAAAAAAAUGGGUAAGAAUAAGAGAUAAAAGUAACAAGUAAUUAAAGAGCAGCAGUAAAAUAACAAUAGCGAGACUAUAUACAGGGGGGUACCGAUACAGAGUCAAUGUGUGGGGGCACCGGUUAGUGAGGUAGUAUGUACAUUAAGGUACAGUUAUUAAAGUGACUGUCCAUAGAGGAUAAGAGAGUAGCAGCAGUGUAAAGGGUGAGGGGGGGCAGCAAUGCAAAUAGUCUGGGUAGCCAUUUGAUUCGAUGUUCAGGAGUCUUAUGGCUUGGGGGUAGAACUGUUUAGAAGCCUCUUGGACCUAGACAUGGCGUUCCGGUACCGCUUGCCGUGCGGUAGCAGAGAGAACAGUCUAUGACUAGGGUGGCUGGAGUCUUUGACAAUUUUUAGGCCCUUCCUCUGGCACCGCCUGGUAUAGAGGUCCUGGAUGGCAGGAAGCUUGGCCCCAGUGAUAUACUGGGCCGUUCGCACUACCUUCUGUAGUGCCUUGCGGUCGGAUGCCAAGCAGUUGCCAGGCAGUGAUGCUCUUGAUGGUGCAGCUGUUGAACCUUUUGAGGAUCUGAGGACCCAUGGCAAAUCUUUUCAAAUCUUCUCCUGAGGGGGAAUGGGUUUUGUCGUGCCCUCUUCACGACUGUAUUGGUGUGCUUGGACCAUGUUAGUUUGUUGGUAAUGUGGGCACCAAGGAACUUGAGGCUCUCAACCUGCUCCACUGCAGCCCCAUCGAUGAGAAUGGUGGUGUGCUCGGUCCUCUUUUUACUGUAGUCCACAAUCAUCUCCUUUGUCUUGAUCACGUUCCAAAGGGUUCACAUACUUUUUCUUGCCAUUGUAUGAUAUAUGAUACAAUAUGACAUAGAGCCUUAUAAAACAUGAUAUAGAGCCUGAUAAAACUGGCUAUUAAACAAUGCUAUGCCACAACUAUUGAAUUCUCUCUCUCUCUCUCUCUCUCUCUCUCUCUCUCUCUCUCUCUCUCUCUCUCUCUCUCUCUCUCUUUCUCUCUGUUUCCCUCUCUCUCUCUCUGCCUCUUUCUCUCUCUCUGCCUCUCUCUCUUCUCUCUCUCUCUCUGCCUCUCUCUCUCCUCUCUCACUCUCUCUGUCUCUGUUUCUCAAAGAUCUACAGUGUGUCAAUGACUUCAUCAGUAACAUCACGUGUGUGUUGAACAACACAUGCAUACCCCCAGACAUACCGUGCACUCUGCAUGGUGAAUACCCCGGGUUUAAAAGGCAAUGUGAGAUGAAGUCCUUGGCCGGUUUCAACACAACCUUGAGAGGCGGCAGUCUGGUCUUUGAGGGCAAUCCAUUCUUUUGGGAAGAGGAUAAAAUAUCCAUUGUUGUACGGUGUGGACAAGCAGAAGAUUAUGUGAUACAGAUUGAAUACCUGUAUCAACCAUUUAACCACAUUAAAAUGCAUCCCCCUGGCAAGCCGACCGUCAUCAAUGCCUCAAUCACCUGGACACCAGGAGCUCCCAUUUCAAAAAUGAUAGUCAACUAUGACUUCCAACUACAGUGGAAACAUGAACUACAUCACUGGGAGGAUGCUGUGGAGGUGAACAUAUCAAACAAACAGAUGUAUUUUGACCUGGACCCUGAGAUGCUGGAGGGAGGAAGGAGGUACCAGGUCAGAGUCCGGGUUCGAGCCGACCCAGACAAUUACCCAGCCUGUCAGUGGAGCGACUGGAGCCCCAGUGCAUCAUGGGUCUCCACUCUGGGCCAGAUGAAGCCAACAGGUAGUCCUGAUGUUCUAGACCAGGACUUUGUGGUGGUCACCUUGGUGGGAGCUGUUGUUGUACUGGUCCUGCUGGUCUCCAUGUUGCUCUGCAAAGGAAAGGUCAAGAAGAUUCUGAAUCCUCCUAUACCAGAUCCCUCCAGGUACUUUGAGGGCCUCAACCUCCAGCACGAUGGAAACUUCAAGGCUUGGCUGGGUCCUUUGUUCGCCUUUGAAGCCGUCGACUCUGCCUUGCACCGUGAAGACAUCUCCCAGAUAGAGAUUACCAACAACAUUGGCACCAUCGCCCCCCUGAGGAGGGAGACCGGUACUGCACUACUACUGAAGAAGAGAUUGGACAACAGUGGCCGCUCCGGCUUCAGCAACUUCUUAUCUCAAUUCUCCCAGCCUGGAUCCACAUCCACCAAGUUGGAACCCUGCUCUGUACACUCCCCUUACGGACCAGUAGGGGGCACUACUGAAGAGAUAGAUGAGUGGAAGGAGGAGAACAGAGGAGAUAGGAUGGAUAGUAAUAGAGGUGUAGGGAGGAAGGCCGAAGAUAUCAGGGGUGGAGGGAAGGAGGGAGAGAUGGGGGUUGGAGGGAAGGAGGGAGAGAUGUGUGGUGAAGGGAAGGAUAGAGAGAUGUUGGGUGGAGGGAAGGAUAGAGAGAUGUAUGGUGGAAGUAUAUUUGGAGGCAAAGAUAUCGUCCAGGUUUCUUCUUACGAGCGUGUUGAGAAGCUCCAGGCCGAGCGUCGGGCCCUCAUAAGCCCAGAUUCAGGCAUCGGCAGUGGGGCAGAGGAUCAGGAAAGUCAGGAGAGCGUGGAGGAUGCGGUCGGGCCUAUUGCAUCCACCCCCCAUUUUGUCUCUCAGGACUUCCAUCUUGUUCCGCUUCUUCCUCUUAUCAAUAACAAUAACUUCACAUUCUGCUCCACCCACUUACCCAUUUCCCUGUCCGCUUUCCCCCAGCUUCCCUUCACCCUACCUGGGUUGGAUAGUGUAGGGGGAAAGGGUAUGGAGAUGGGGGUUGGAGGAGGUUCUCUCAAAAUGUCUUCCUCCUAUGAACGUGUGGAUAAUCUCCAUCUCCAGGCCCAACUCUUGGCCCCUCAGAGCCCAGAUUCAGGCAUUGGCAGUGGGGGAGAGGAUCAGGAAAGCCAGGAGAGCGUGGAGGAUGAGGUCAGGCCAACUGUGACCCCCUGUAACCAUAUCCCUCUUAUUACCACUAACAAUAUAUUUCCCUUCUGUUCCACCCCCUUACCAAUCCCGCUGGAUGUUUUACCCCAACUACCCCUCACCUUCUCUGGGUUUGGGAUGGUUCCAUCCCUGGGACCCAGUACUAGUACCAGUCAUCAAGACAGGCUGUUGGAGAUGUCUCUUCUGUCUUCUUCAAUGGCAAUAGAGCCCUCUAGUGGCGGCUACAUGCCAGUGAAAGAAGCUCAGAACUGAACUAUGAAAACAUUUGCCUAGGGAGGGACUAAUGAUUUAUAUAUACACUAGAUGACUGACAGGCUGUUUUGAAGCCACCACUCCUCCAUCUGGGCACUCCCCCUCCAUUGUAAAAAAUACUUUGGAAGCUAUAGAAAUGCAUUUACUAAUGUCUACAUUUGUUUUUACCACAUUUAUUCUAUUACAGACACACUUUUUAAAGAAUCAAAUCAAAUCAAAUCAAAUUUAUUUAUAUAGCCCUUCGUACAUCAGCUGAUAUCUCAAAGUGCUGUACAGAAACCCAGCCUAAAACCCCAAACAGCAAACAAUGCAGGUGUAAGAACUAAUGUAACUGUCCCCACUACAACAACAAAAAAACACUUACAAAUACGUCAUUUGGUCGUUGAAACAUUUCAAUGACAUAAUGUAGAAUUCCAUCCAUUCCAAUAGAGCUCCACAGUGGAGAUGCCAUAAUACCCAUAAAACCUAGCGUUCAAACAGGGAAACGGUUUCAAUUGUUUUUCCACCAUUCAUUUUUCCCUUACGGGAUUUUAGAAACACUUAAAAUAAGGCCUGUGGCCUCCUGAGUGGCGCAGUGGUCUAAAACUCUGCAUCGCAAGCUGUGUCAGAGCCCGGCCGUGAGCGGGAGCCCCAUAGGGCGACACACAAUUGGCCCAGUGUUUGGCCGGGGGGCUUUCCUAGGCUCAUCGCACUCUAUCGACUCCUUGUGGCGUUGUUAAAGUGUUAAACAAAUCAAAAUAUAUUUUAGAUUCUUCAAAGUUGCCACCUUUUGCCUCGAUGACAGCUUUGCACACUCUCAGUGUUCUCUCAACCAGUUUCACCUGGAAUGCUUUUCCAACUGUCUUGAAGGAGUUUCCACAUAUGCUGAGCACUUGUUGUCUGUGGUCCAACUCAUCCCAAACCAUCUCAAUUGGGUUGAGGUCGGGUAAUUGUGGAAUCCAGGUCAUUUGAUGCAGCACUCCAUCAUUCUCCUUCUUGGUCAAAUAGCCCUUACACAUCCUGGAGGUGCAGAGAUUAUCACAGCUAGGAGGUGCAGAGAUUAUCACAGUUUGGAGGUGCAGAGAUUAUCACAGUUUGGAGGUGCAGAGAUUAUCACAUCUUGGAGGUGCAGAGAUCAUCACAGCCUGGAGGUGCAGAGAUCAUCACAGCUUGGAGGUGCAGAGAUCAUCACAGCCUGGAGGUGCAGAGAUCAUCACAUCUUGGAGGUGCAGAGAUCAUCACAGCCUGGAGGUGCAGAGAUCAUCACAGCUUGGAGGUGCAGAGAUCAUCACAGCCUGGAGGUGCAGAGAUCAUCACAGCCUGGAGGUGCAGAGAUCAUCACAGCCUGGAGGUGCAGAGAUCAUCACAGCCUGGAGGUGCAGAGAUCAUCACAGCCUGGAGGUGCAGAGAUCAUCACAGCCUGGAGGUGCAGAGAUCAUCACAACCUGGAGGUGCAGAGAUCAUCACAGCUUGGAGGUGCAGAGACACAUGCAGAUCAUCUGUUCACCUACUCUGCAUCUCACAAAGACAUGGCGGUUGGAACCACAAAUCUCAAAUUUGGACUCAUCAGACCAAAGGACAGAUUUCCACCAUUCUAAUUUCCAUUGCUUGUGUAUCUUGGCCCAAGCAAGUCUCUUCUUCUUAUUGGUGUCCUUUAGUAGUGGUUUCCUUGCAGCAAUUCAACCAUAAUUCACACCGUCUCCUCUGAACUGGUGAUGUUGAGAUGUGUCUGUUAUUUUAGAUAUCAUCCUAACCAACUUCCCCUCUAAAUACACCUCUGCUGUCUUCAACCAAGAUCUCAGCGAUCACUGCCUCAUUGCCUGCAUCCGUAAUGGGUCAGCGGUCAAACGACCUCCACUCAUCACUGUAAAACGCUCCCUGAAACACUUCAGCGAGCAGGCCUUUCUAAUCGACCUGGCCGGGGUGUCCUGGAAGGAUAUUGAUCUCAUCCCGUCAGUAGAGGAUGCCUGGAUAUUUUUUAAAAAUGCCUUCCUAACAAUCUUAAAUAAACAUGCCCCAUUCAAGAAAAUUAGAACCAGGAACAGAUAUAGCCCUUGGUUCUCCCCAGACCUGACUGCCCUUAACCAACACAAAAACAUCCUAUGGCGUUCUGCAUUAGCAUCGAACAGCCCCCGUGAUAUGCAGCUGUUCAGGGAAGCUAGAAACCGU